GCAUUGCGCACAGGAGGCGGAGAGGCUGCUGAUCGCUCUUUCUAUCUGCUGCCCUGUGCCCUCCAUCACUCACGGGAAGGAUAUUACAAACACGUCGUUUUUGGACAACGAUGGGGACGCAUAUCACAUUUGAAGGAAGUCUAAUGUAGAUGCAGAGCCAGAGGAGAGUCCAGGCAGCAGCAGUAGUAGCAGCAGCAGCACUAAUAGCAGCACCAGCGGGGCUGUCGAUGCUCUCUCCUCAGCUCCGACUCCAGCUCCCCCUCAGGCGUCUGCAGGAGCGCCCAGAGAGGGAACAGACAGCAGCUCCUGCUCUGACUCAGACACUUCUGUAGACUCCAGCUCCUACGAGGAGGAGGAGGAGGAGGAAGAAGAAGAAGAGGGCAAGAUGUUCUCCUCUAAAUUCCUCAGUGGGGGCAACCCGCUUAGUGCUGUGUCCUCUGCUGUGAACAAGUUUGGACUAUUUGGCGAUGAAGCGGAAGGGGACAAAAACCAGAAAGCUUCCCCACAGCACGGGGUCAAGCCAAGUGGAGACCAACAGUCAGGUUUGGACCCUAACAAAAGCAUGCUACAACAGAAGGGACUCCCCAAAUCCAACCAGGGUGAUCCUGUGCAGAAGAGCCAGCCCCUUGCUAAACAGAGAGGAACAGAGCUGCAUGGGAAUGGACAGACAGGACCCGUAAAACAGCCCUCAGCACAACCUGAUGCUCAGCCGAAGAGCUCAAUGCAACAUGGUUCACCCAAAGCCGAAGGACAACAACAGACUAGGAGUGACUUACCUCGAGCGGGGACACCACAGCAAGGGAAUGCUAAGACUGGAAUGCGACUGGACUCAGCACAGCCAGGAGCACCCAAGGUUGGACAACAACAGCAGCAGGGGUCGCCUAAACCUUCCCAGCAACAACAAAGUUCACCAAAUACUGGACAGCAACAACAGCGGUCACCUAAACCUUCCCAACAACAGCAGAGUACCCCUAAAGUUGGCCCAACACAGGCCGCAUCCAAGGCGGGAGCACAGCAGCAGUCCAGGCCUAUAGGACCUGGUACGCCUGACCACUCACGGGGGUCAGGGUCUCCAUCGCCAGCACGGAGUCAAGAUUCGCAUUCUCAAGCAAAACCAGUAGUCAAGCCACUUUGUCCAGUUUGUAAUACCACCCAACUCAACAUACACACCAAGGAACCACCAAACCAUAAAACAUGCACACAGUGUAAAACACAAGUUUGCAGCUUGUGUGGCUUCAGCCCGCCGGACUCUGAUGGAUCUGAGUGGCUUUGUCUCACCUGCCAGAUAAAAAGAGCUGAAGCACCAAUGAAAAAGCCAACAUCCAAAAUGCCAUCAAUGCCUGCUGCUCCUGUCAAAAAGGAGACACCGGCAUCAGGUUCACCCAGCAAGACCCCAAAUUCUUCAGCUAAAGUGCCAGCCAAAAGUGAGGUUAAGGUUCAAGGGAGACCAAAACAUGUUGGUGCAGACUCUACGCAAAAGACUCUUCAGGAGAACCAGACAGCACCAGGGUCCCAGAAACCACAUCCUUCGAGUGGACCAGAUCAAAGAAGUGUGAGUCCUGCACCACAGCAGGUGUCCGGGGGACUGUUUGGCUUUGGUGCUUCAAAACCAGCAAAGCCAGCAGAGGAGUCAGUGACUGGGAAAAUGUUUGGAUUUGGUUCUUCCAUAUUCAAUUCUGCAUCUACGAUGUUAGCCUCCACGCCACCAGUUUCUCCUAAAAUGCAACCCGCCAAGAAGACCAAACCAUCAGAGCAGGAGAAGAAACUCCAACCCGAGCAGGCCAAAGUUCAAUCAGCAGGACAGGUCAAAGUUGUAGAGGAAGCACCCUGCAAUGUCCCCCACAAAGGCCAAUCCUCUUGUGCUAUCUGUAAGAUGGUGCUCAACGUGGGCUCCAAGGACCCUGCCAACUACAGCAGCUGCACGGAAUGCAAAAGCACUGUGUGCAACCAAUGUGGAUUUAACCCCAUGCCAAAUGUUAAGGAGGGGAAGGAGUGGCUUUGUCUACACUGCCAGGUGAGAAGAGCUACCAAAGGAAUUGAACCCCUGAAAGACACUCCGUUGGCUACUUCGCCGUUAAAAAGGACUAUACAACAAAAGACUUCUGCACCAGGCUCUCCACAGAGGAAUGUAACUACUUCAGCAUCACAGUCAACCAAGGCUGAAGCUGUUAAAGCACAAGACAGUCAGAAACCGGCUAGCCCAGCUCCUGCCCAGAAAACACAGCAGGACAAGGCAGAUCUACAGAAGAAAGCAGAACAGUCAAAUGUAACUCCACAAAAGCAAGGAAAUGCUGCUGAAGCCUCUGCACAGCAUGAAACCGGAGGAUUUUUUGGUUUCGGAAGCCCUAAAAAGCAGCUUGAUCCUGCUAAACCUGCAGAGUCAGUAACAGGGAAGAUGUUUGGAUUUGGUUCUUCUAUAUUCAGCUCUGCAUCCACUUUGAUUUCCUCUUCUGUCCAAGAUGAUCCUAAACUGGCAGCCUCACCAGCUUCUCCCAAGAUGCCUGCUUCGAAAGACGCUCCAUCCGCAAAGAAAGCAGAGCAGGAAAAGAAACCAGAACAAAGCCAGCAGGAUCUGAAAGCAGACAAACCGUUGUCAAAACCUACAGCGAAAGCAGUUGUGUCUAAAGUUGGUCCUCCGUCCUGCCCUGUCUGUAAAUCAGCAUUAAGUGUUGGCUCUAAAGAUCCACCCAACUUCAACACAUGUACAGAGUGUAAAAAUGUUGUCUGCAACCAAUGUGGAUUCAACCCCAUGCCAAAUGUAAAGGAGGUGAAGGAGUGGUUAUGCCUCAGCUGUCAAAUGCAACGAGCCCUCGGAGCUUCCCAACCUCCAGGGACCCCCAUUAUGAAACCACAGGCCUUGCCAAACACAGCUCCUACAUUUUCUGAUGUCCCCAAGAAGGAAAUGAAAGACAUCCCAACAACUGCUGAGUCAAAAGUGAAGGAAACCUCUGCUGCUUCAGAACCAGAGAAAGAAGUUGCAAAGAAGGACAUUGGAAAAGGACCAGAGAACCAAAAAUCCCUCACUAUGGCUACAGGUCCAAAAGCUCAAUCGGAAGACCAGAAGAAAGGACCACAGAAGUCACCAAUUAGUAAAACUGGUCUUAAGGAGAAUAAUGCUUCUUCCAGUGCACAAAAAGACUCCCGUGAUCCUAAACUUCAGUCUGAUGCGGUGAAGUCCACUGAAUCAGUAGGUGGAAGAAUGUUUAGUUUUGGUUCCUCCAUCUUUACUUCUGCAUCCACUUUAAUAACCACAGUCAGCCAAGAUGAAUCUAAAACGACAGCACCACUGUCCCCCAAGAUGCCUGCCACCAAGAUGACCAAAUCGCCUCUUGCUCAGGAAAAAGAACAGAAGAAACAAGAGCCAGUCCGACAAGCUAAGCCUCCAUCUGAUCAAUCAAAGGAGGCUACAGCUAUCAAAGACGGCAAAUCUACCUGUCCUUUGUGUAAGGUGGAAAUUAAUUUGGGUUCCAAGGAUCCUCCCAACUACAGCAAAUGCACAGAAUGCAAAAACACAGUUUGUAACCAGUGUGGAUUUAACCCGGUGCCAAAUCUAGCAAAGGAAAAAGAAUGGCUAUGCUUGAACUGUCAGAUGCAAAGAGCUCUGAAUGCAUCAGAAGCCACACAGCUUGCCAUAAAACCUCCAAAUGCAGUGAAAAAAACCCAUCCAUCUUCUGUACCUCACAAAACAACAGUUUCAAAUGAAGUUGAAACAACUAAGAAGGAAUCAUUGAAAUCCGACGUGUCGCUGAAUGUGCAGAGUGCAGCAUCUGAAAAGAAGAAGCAGGGUUCUGCACCAACUACUCCGCAAAAGAGUCAGCCCACAGCUGGAACACCGGCAACUAAGACUGCUCUUGGACAAGAACAAAACAAACAGGGUACCCCAGUGUCUGACCAGGAACCUCUAAGGAAAUGUGAUACCCAGAAAGCACUUGACCAGACUCCUCAGUCUGAUUUAAAACAGAGUAAAGUUACCUCAGAUGGCUCGAGUGGCCCUAAAACAGGUUCUCACACUUCCAAAACAACAGACUCUAUCACUGGAAAGAUGUUUGGCUUUGGUUCUUCUAUUUUCAGCUCAGCAUCCACUCUAAUAUCAUCAGCUGUUCAGGAGGAAUCACACACUACACCGCCAAGCUCUCGCAAGAUGUCUGCCCCAGUGCAGGUCUUUCCAAAGAGUGCUAAUGAACUCAAAAUUUCUCCCAAAUGUACACCAACGGUAUCCCCCAGCAAAAUACCACCAAAAGGACCUGAAAGUCUUGCUCGGGAAGUCAAGAAACAGGAAGAGGCCAACCAGAUUAAACAAGGUCCAUCACAGCCAGCAAAGGCAGGCACAAUUCCUCAAACCCAACCGGCAGGCCAUGAAAACUGUCCACUAUGCAAUAUCAAACUGAACAACAGCUCGAAGGAACUUCCAAAUUACAAUACCUGCACUGAGUGUAGGACCACUGUUUGUGACAAAUGUGGAUUUAAUCCAAUGCCUAUUGGAGAGAAAAAUGAAUGGCUAUGUCUUAUCUGUCAGAUGAAAAGAGCAGUGGGAACAUCUGAGCAACCAGCUUCUCAAAAUCAGUCUCAAACAUCCCAUAGUAAAGUUCCUGCUGUAGUCAAGUCAAUGGAUACCUCCAAACCAGCUCCAACAUCGCAGCCAAAGGCAAAUCCAAGCCACGCUGAACCCCCACAAGAAAAAUCAGCUUCGGUUAAGUCAGGCAAACCAGAAACUUCAACCACACCAGUGAAGUUGACUAGCCUGGCACCUGAUGAUAAAACACAACAGAAAAAUGAGAAGACAUUUCCUGAAAAACUACGAGAUUCAGCAAGCCAACCUGGACGUAAACAAAGCAAUGCCACUGAAGCAAAGCAGCAAGAGACAGGAGGAUUUUUUGGCUUGGGUGCUACCAAAUCUCAACAGGACGCAGAAAAUUCUACAGAUUCGGUCACUGGAAAGAUGUUUGGUUUUGGUUCUUCAAUAUUCAGCUCUGCAUCUUCAUUAAUAACAUCUGCUGUUCAGGAUCAUCCUAAUAAAACUCCCCCAGCUUCUCCCAAAAAGUCUCCUGUUAUGGACAUUAAAUCUGACGUUCAUCAGAAGUUGGAGCUGCAGAAGAAAACAGAGUCAACACAGCAGAGCAAGACGCCUCCAACAGGUCCAGCUAAAGAGGGAAAUAAGGUCACAUCAGAACCUCCAAAGGCUGCAGAAACUACUAAAUCAGCUGUCAAACCAUGUUCUACCUGCCCGCUCUGUAAGGUUGAACUCAUCAUGGGUUCGAAAGACCAAGCCAACUACAAUACCUGCACUGAAUGCAUAAACACUGUGUGCAACCAGUGUGGAUUUAAGCCCAUGCCUGUUGGAGAGAAAAACGAAUGGCUGUGUCUUACCUGUCAGACAAAAAGAGCAGUUGAAGCGUCUGAGCAACCAGCUUCUCCAAAACAGGCUCCAACAUCAAAUAGCAAAGUUGCUGUUGCAGUCAAGUCGACUACGACAACUCAAGCAAAGGCACAUCCAAGCCAUGCAGAGCCCCCACAGGAAAAAUUGUCUACAACUUCAGUUAAGUCAGGCAAAGCAGAAAUUUCCACCACACCAGCAAAGUUGGUUAGCCCAGCACCUGAUGAUCAAGCACAACAGAAAAAUGAAAAGAAAGUUCCUGAGAAACCACCAGAUCUAGCAAACCAACCUGGACGUAGGCAGAGUAAUGUCACUGCAGCAAAGCAGGAAGAGAAAGGAGAAUAUUUUGGCCUGGGCGCUACAAAAUCUCAGCACAAUACAGAGAAGUCUACAGAUUCAGUGACUGGAAAGAUGUUCGGUUUUGGUUCUUCAAUAUUUAGCUCUGCAUCUACAUUAAUAACAUCUGCUGUUCAGGAUCAACCCAAACUGACACCACCAGCCUCUCCGAAAAAGCCCCCUACAAGGGAAAUGAAAUCAGAUGUUCCUCAAAAGCUGGAGCAGACACCACAAAGAGAAACACAUCUAUCAGGUCCAGCUAAAGUGGAAAAUAAGGUCACAUCAGAACCUCCAAAGGCUGCAGAAGCUACCAAAUCAGCUGUCAAACCAGGUUCUACCUGUCCUCUCUGUAAAGUUGAACUCAACAUGGGUUCGAAAGACCAACCCAAAUACAAUACCUGCACUGAAUGCAAAAACACUGUGUGCAACCAGUGUGGGUUUAAUCCCAUGCCUAUUGGAGAGAAAAACGAAUGGCUAUGUCUUACCUGUCAGACGAAAAGAGCAGUUGAAACAUCUCAACAACCAGCUUCUCAAAAGGAGGCUCAAACAUCAAAGAGUAAAGUUCCUGUUCCAGUCACAUCAGUGGACAUGUCCAAGCCAGCCACAGCAAUGCAAACAAAGGCAAAUCCUAGCCAUGCAGAACUUCCACAUGAAAAGCCCUCUACAACCUCAUGUAAAUUAGAAAAACCUGAAGUUUCAAAUACACCAGAAAAAUUGGUUAGCCCAGACCCUGAUUAUAAAACACCACAGAAAAAUGAGAAGAAUGUUCUUGAGAAACUUUCAGAUCUGGCAAGCCAACCUGGACGCAAGCAGAAUAAUGCCGCUGCAACAAAAUCUCAGCAGAAUGCAGAGAAUUCACUGACUGGAAAAAUGUUUGGCUUUGGUUCCUCAAUAUUUAGCUCUGCAUCUACAUUAAUAACAUCUGCUGUUCAGGAUCAGCCUAAGACAACACCACCAACGUCUCCCAAAAAGUCACCUGCAAGAGAAAUUAAAUUUGAUGUUCCACAGAAGCUGGAGCAAACACAGCAGAGCAAGACACCUCAAUCAGGUCCAGGCAAAGGGGGUCAUAAGGUCACAUCAGAACCUCCAAAGGCAGCGGAAGCAACCAAUUCAGCUGUCAAACCAGGUUCUACCUGUCCACUCUGUAAGGUUGAACUCAGCUUGGGUUCGAAAGACCAAGCCAACUACAGCAGCUGCACUAAAUGCAAAAAGACUGUGUGUAAUCAGUGUGGCUUUAACCCCUUGCCAAAUGAAACAAAGGUGAAGGAGUGGCUGUGUCUCACCUGCCAAAUGCAGCGAGCUCUGGGCACAAGCCACCUUACAGGAACUCCUAACUCUCAAGUUUCCACAAAAGAUGUCAUCAGCAGAGCUGAACCUGAAAAGAAAGUGGCUCCAACACCAAUCUCACCUCAGAAACAGACAACAGCUGGAAUAACAAAGCCUGCAACAGCUCAGUCUGCUAACAAGCCAGAUGGUCAGAAAGACAGCAUUAGUGCUCCUACUAAAAAGAUACCACAAGAUGAUCACAAAACAUCACCAGGCCAGACAAGGCAAGCUGAACACAAGCAGAAUAUUGCUGCUGCAGCACCGCAGCAAGCAUCAGGAGGCUUCUUUGGUUUUGGUGGCAGUAAAACCCAACCUGAAGCUGUGAAACAAGCAGAAUCAGUGACAGGGAAAAUGUUUGGCUUUGGAUCAUCUAUUUUCAGCAGUGCAUCCACUUUGAUUACUUCUACAGUUCAGGACCAGCCCAAAACCACUCCACCGGUCUCUCCCAAGAUGUCCCCCGCAAAACAGAGUCCAUCUUCUUCUGUCCAGAAGAAGGAACAACAGAUUAGGCCAGAGCAAAAACAACAGGCUUUAUCUGAACAGACCAAAGUGGACACAACUCCAUCUCAAAAAGAUGCCGAGUCCACAUGUCCACUUUGUAAGGCUGACCUCAACAUUGGGUCCAAAGAGGUACCUAACUACGAUAAAUGUACCAACUGCAAGAGUACAGUCUGCAAACAGUGUGGAUUCAAUCCUAUGCCAAACGUUUCAGAGAAAAAGGAGUGGCUGUGUCUGACGUGCCAGAUGCAAAGAGCUGUCUCAACAGCAGAAGCAGUAGAACCGCCAUCUGUGAAACCUCAGUCAUCACCCAACAAAGUGACUAAACCAGCUGCUGCCACCCCUUAUCAAAAUAAAGAAAUGAUACCAAUACAAAAAGGAGAUAUGGACAACAAUCAGAAGGACAAAAUUCCACUAGUUGCAGUAGAAAGGAAUGAAGUUCCAACAAACGAGAUGAAACCUGGUUCACUACCUGCUAAAGAAGUCCAAAUCUCCACAGUAACUCCAGUUGAAGCGAAGGCACCUGCAGGUUCAAACAUUGACACACCUUUAACUGAACAAGCAUCUCCUGCCAGCACAGAUGUUAAACCAUCACUAAAGAAGAAGGAGGCUCAAACACUACCAACCUCACCUGCAACAACAGACGCAUCGGAUAAAAAAGAGCAGGUAGCAGAAGAAAUUCAAAAGUUAGUUGGCCACGGAGCCUCGUCCGCUGAUAUAAAGCAGCCAUCCAAAUCCCCAAGCAAAGAGCCAAACCUUGUUGCCAAAGCUUCCCCCUCCACAGCACAGCCAACCAGAGGUACAGGAAGUUUAGUUAACAUUGAUGCUACAAAAUCUCAGCAAGGGGUCUCCAAUGCAGCUGAAGCAGUGACAGGGAAGAUGAUGGGAUUUGGUUCAAUCUUCUUUAGCUCAGCAUCAUCUUUAGUAACAACCGCCGUUCGUGAGGAAUCACACAUUACACCACCAAGUUCUCGUAAAAUGUCUGCCCCGGCACAAAGCUCUGAUAAAAUGCCAGCAUCUCAUAUCCCAACGGUCAAGUCGAGCCCCACUGUAUCUCCAAUAAAAACCUCCACAAAGGAAGUGAAAUCUGCCAAUAUUCAUCAACAAGCGAUGGAGAAGAUUGUGGACCAACCUCACCAAGUCAAGGCUUCGCCACCAGGAAUGAAGAAAUUGGACCAAGGUUCAUCAGAACCUUUAAAAGUAGAUGCUCCAUUACCUCCUCCGCAAGCAACCGAGCUCAACUGUCCUCUUUGCAAGGUUGAAUUUAAUGUGGAUGGCAAAGAUCAAGCUAAUUACAACACCUGCACUGGAUGUAAAACCACAGUUUGCAACAAAUGUGGAUUUAGUCCCAUGCCAAAUAAAGCAGAGGGGAAAGAAUGGCUAUGUCUUAACUGUCAGAUGCAGAGAGCACUUGGUGCCUCUGAACCUCUUGGGCUUCCCCUGAUGAAAUCUCUAUCUUCACCAAGCAAAGAGAUGCCUCCCCCCACGACGGAGAAAGAUACAGCUAUUCGCAAUUCUCAGGAGGACACAAAGGAACCCAAACCUGUCGAAACUAUCAGGAUAGAUACUACCAAAGACAGCAAAUCCCCAGCCAUUGGUGAACCAUCUGAGAAGGCAAAAGUGGCAGCUGUUUCAUUGCCUGAAAAAAGUGUUCCUCUUGAAAUCAAGAAGAAUGAUGUUGCAUUUGCUUCACCUGAGACUAUCCCUAAAGGACAACCUGGAAUACUCCUGAGCCAGCCUUCAGACUCUGGGGCCUCUACUGUAAAGGCUGUUCCCUCAACAGCACCAGAAGCAGGCAAAAUUAUCCCCCAACAACCUGCAAAAGCUGUGAAAUCUCCAGCCAAAUCAAUGCCGGCAACAACCCAGCCUGCAAAACAGGAAUCAGGGAGUUUCUUUGGCUUUGGUGGUCCUAAAACGCAAUCUGCUAAACCUGCUGAGUCAGUGACUGGGAAGAUGUUUGGCUUUGGAUCAUCUUUCUUGAAUUCAGCAUCCAGUUUGAUAACCUCAGCUGUUCAAGAUGAAACAAAAACAACACCUCCGACUCCACGUAAAAUGUCUAUGCAGGCCUCUCCUAAAACGAUGCCGCCUGCUUCUCCUAAAACAAUACCUGCAAAGGACAUUAAACCACCUGCAGUCCAGAAAACUGAGGAAGCAAAACUGGAGACACCACAGGUGAAAACGACUCCCUCAACAGUGGUUAACGUGCCAUCCGUGCUCCCCAAAGCACCUAUAGCACCUCCAAAACCAGCUCAGCCCCCCUGCCCACUCUGUAAGGUGCUACUCAAGAUGGAUUCUAAGGAUGCUCCCAACUUCAACACAUGCACAGAAUGCAAAACGACUGUCUGCAACCAGUGUGGCUUCAAUCCAAUGCCCAGUGUCUCAGAGGUAAAGGAAUGGCUCUGUCUGAACUGUCAGAUGCAGAGGGCCCUUGGAGUAUCUGAGACUACUGGACUUUCUGCAGUGAAACCUCAGCCCUCACCUACCAGAACUGGUCUUCCUCCUCCUCCUCCUUCUGAACAUAUAGUUGUUCAGCCAGAGAAGUCUACAUCAGUCAAAGAAGAGGGCGCUAAACCCCUGAACGAGGACUCACAGACACGUACACUGAAAAAGCCGUAUUUAUCGGAAGGUGUGGCGCCAAAGACAAAAGUCCCUGCGGGUGGUGAUCAAGGAAAGGGCCAGGGUCUGACCAAGCAGCCUCCUACUGGAAAACCCCCAACCCAGGGAGACAUUUCUCAAAGUCCAAAACCAGAGGUCAAGGCUGGUGUUGCAAAACCGGCAGAUGGGAAACCACCUCAGCAGCCUUUGAAAUCUCCUGUCAAAUAUACACCACCGCCAGCAGCUGCAGCUCCUAAACAGGAAUCUGGUGGGCUGUUUGGAUUUGGUGCUCCAAAAACACAACCAAAGGCAGCUGAGACUGUCACCGGUAAAAUGUUUGGAUUUGGUUCCUCCAUUUUCAGCUCUGCAUCCACGUUGAUAACGUCUGCUGUUCAAGAUGAGCCCAAAACUACUCCAGUUUCUCCUAAGAUGUCACCUGCAAAGGAAAACAAAGUACCAGAUGCACAAAAACCACAACCGCCUCAACAGACCAAACCUACCUCCUUGGCUCAUGUUAGAGCCCAGAAAACAAAAGUCACAGAAGGCCCCAAAGUGGAUAUUCCCAAAGCAGAUACACUGGCCACCUGUCCACUCUGUAAGGUUGAACUCAAUAUGGCCUCCAAGGAACCACCCGAUUACAACACAUGUACAGAAUGCAAGAGUGUUGUCUGUAGCCUCUGUGGAUUUAACCCCAUGCCGCAUACUGGUGGGAAGGAAUGGCUGUGUCUAAACUGCCACACACAAAAGGCUUUGGUGGAACAACUGGGAGACUCAGGAAAAUUGCCUCAGCCUUCACUAGAAACAGCUUUGCCAGAGACACCAGCCAUACUUGCAUUCAAAAAGGUGGAGCUAAAACCUGCUCCUGCAAAGGCUGAGCUUGCAGCUGGAGUUACAGAACAACCAACCACGCCUAUGCCGACAGCAACAACAAGGCCAGCAACAGAGAUAGAGCCCACAUACAUCAAACCAAAAGCCACAGCUGUAGCAACUACAAAAGCUGAACUUGAGUCUGGACCAAAUGCAGUGAAGGUUCCACUUAUUGAAGAAAAACAGCAGUUAGUUGAAUCUACAGCAGAAACCAUUAAACCACGAGUGGUCCCUGAAUCUGAAUUGGCCAGAACAGAUGUAACUGUAGAAAGAACAGAUUUGGCAAAAGAGGACUCAAUUGUGAAAGAAAUUCCCAUAGCUACUGACAAAACUGAGCCCUCAAAAGCCACAGUUGAGUUGUCUACUGUUCCAAUGAAUAAAACACAACAACCUCCAUCAGAGAAGAUUGAAGUCAAGACAGCAAAGGUUGAAGACCAAAUCAAACUGAGUGAGCCUGCAACAUCUGUUCAGAAGGCUGAAGUUCAGGAACAGUCACAAGAACCUGCGCUGGUCGCAAAAGUCCCACGGUUGACAUCAGCUAACAGCAAUCAAGUGGUGGCAAAAGUAGCUGAUACCACCCUUCCCUCUGAACAACAACCAGAAUCUACAAAUGAGCCAGAUAAAAUUACAAAAGAAGCUGCGAUAUUACAGAUAUCUUUCCAUGCUGGUGGAAUAGAUGAAUUCGAGAACAGAGUUGUGUCCAAGACAGCUACCAAGGCACAAUCUAAAGCAGAAGAUGACGUUCAACCUCAAAUUUUACCGUUUUCAGAGAAACUGAAUGAGUCCCAGGUGGUAUGCAGUUCAACUAAAAAUAAUGUAGAAGAAGAACAAGGCCUGCAAGUUAAGGAGGUGGUUGAAGGUGGGAAAAGGCGUCUUAGUUUCCAAGCAAUGGAAGAGAGCAGUGGAAGUGAUUUCACACCUUCACCUUCACCUGAGGUUCAAAGGAGGAGGCUGAAGGUGAGCGAUGUGUCGUCUAUCAGUGAGGAGAUCAAAACUGAAAGUGCUGACUCAUCUAUAGAAGAUGAAGACGUUAUCCGCAGUCAGAUAAUGGAUAUGGGUGAUGAAGAGGAAAUGUCCCUUUCUGAUAGUGAGAAAGAAAAGAAAUUGUCCAAUGAAAAAGACGUCAGAAAGGCUGUGCUUGAUAGUACCUCCAUUAAACUGAAGUCACUGUCUAGUGAAGGAAGCACAUACAAUGAAGGAACUUUCGCAUGGAGAAAAUCCCCUCUCAUGGCUAGUGCUGGAGCUUCUGAAACACUUCCCAGUACAACUUUUAAGAAAGCCAUUCCAGUCAUCAGACAAAGACAAAGCACUGAUGAAGAGGUAGAGAGUAUCACUGAAUCCCUGUCAAAGGGUUCAUCCAGUGUUCAAGCAUCUAGCUUUACUCCAGGGUCAUCACCUACAUCUGCAUCAUCCCUGGAAGAGGACAGUGAUAGCAGUCCAAGUCACAGAAGAAUUACUGGUGACAAACAGUAUCACAAAGGUAAACUCAGACACUCAACCCAGCCACUCCCUAUCAUUGAAGACUCAUCUGAAGAUGAGAAAUCUUGGAAAGAAAAGAACAAACUAAGCGUCCAUGAGCUCUUGUCUGUGAGUGAAAGUGCUUCCUCAGCAGAGGAUCCGAGACAAGCCACUGUAAUGGAUGACACCAAUAAAACAUCGGGCUCUGAAUACUGGGCCAGUGUUGAAUCAGAACCAGAAACAGGACAAGCUGUACAAAGAGGGCGCAAACCUUCUCCAACAGUGAUACCAUUCACCGCAGUUGAAGGAAAGGAACCAGUUUCAAAAUUAUUAAAGAGUGCAGAAGAGGCAUAUGAGGAAAUUAUCCAGAAGGCCAAAGCUAUUCCAGGUGAUAGUCCUCCUGACGUUGAGCCACUUUAUGGAGGAAUGGCAAUAGAGGACUAUCUCUAUGAAUCCUUGGUUGAGGAUCCAGAGAUUGUGAUAUGUGAAUAUCAAAACAUUGAACCUAAACAGGACUACAGCCCUGAACCUUUCAAGAAACUCAGGUCUCCAGAGGAGGUUUAUGAAGAGAUGAUGGAAAAGAAGAGGGAAUUGAUGAUGAUCGAGCAAGAGUUUCAACAGGCCCAGACUGCCAUGGAAUCUAUACCUCCUUCAGGUGCUGAGACCUGUGUUGUAAUCAUACCCACCGAAGUGAUAUCCUACACUGAAGAAUGUGAUCCUCCGGCAGGUACUGAAGCUUCGAGUGAGGUGCCAGUCAAGAAAAAGAAACGGCCAGCCCCACCACGCCCUUCUGAACCCCCUAAGAGACCUGAGGUGACUGUUGUUCCAAGCACGCCUUCUGGUUCUAUAGGUUUUGUUAGGCCCAUGAUUCCGCUAGAUCCUGCACUUAGAAAGGCUCUCUUCCCCAUACCCGACCUCAAGAUUACACAGUGUUCAUCAGGGGAAGAAGAGGAUGACAGUCUUGCAGAUGAGUAUGGUGUUGGGAUUUCUUCUGACAUUACCCCAAGUGAUGAUUCUGAAACCAAAGAGGAUCAAUCCAUAAGCCCACCCUUGUCUGAGAUUACUGAAAUGGAACCGAUUUCUGUGGUCUGUGAAAUACCAGAACCAAAACCUAUUCCAACGCCAAUAUCAGCUCCAGAACUAACCACGACACCUUCCCCUGUAUCACCACUGUCCCCACCAACUUCACCAGCCACACCAGAUUCUAGCAUGGCCUCUAAUGCAACAUCCUCAUCCUCAUUCCAGGCUCAGACACCUUUAUCGUCAGAUUCAACUCCUCUUUCUACACCUACAGCUUCCUUCAUAACUCAAUCCGCCCGAGAGGGCUUGCCAUUGUUGCCUGCUAAACGUGAGGCUUCUAGGGAAAGCUCUGCAGUCGUAAUAUCAGAUGUGGUGUCAGACCCUUUCAAAGCUGAAACAGUCAAAAUGGUCGGAGCUUCUAUUCCUGAGGUCCCAAUCCAAGCCUCAGGGGAAACAUCACCAGUUGUUGAAAUGCCUGACUUGGUUUCAUCUCCCUCUCAAAUACCCAUUGAGACAUCUGUGCUAGAGGUGUCAGCACCAAGUCUAGGACCUGUUUUUGUCACAGCUAAGCCUCCAGCUCAAUUUAGUGAAUCACAUGUUAUCAGCAAAGUUCCAGUUUCUAUCCAAUCUUCAGAUUAUGUCUCGACUGCUACUGUUGGUACAGGAACACGCCAUGAACCAGUAAUUGUCCAGAUGCCUGACGUGGUUUCAACUAUCUUUUCACAAACACCUACGACAGGCUCAGCAAUCACAAUCACAGCAACCACAACCCAGGCCCAACCAAAUGUGGUAAACUCAGGCCCUGUUCAAUCAGCUGUGAUCCCUGUAUCUGUUCCAUCAACUACUAUAGUCAAAAAGAAAGUUCCUCCUCCUCCUCCCCCAAGGUCUACUUCAGUUUCAUUACCUGAGCAUGGCAAGGAACGGCUACCUACAAGGGGUUCUUCGUAUGUUUCCACUACUAUGGCUACCACCAUGACUACAGGAACCCCAGUUGUUGUCCAGGCAAUGCAGUCUGUUGUUGUGGAUAUUCAGCCAAGAAUGGAGGAGAUGAAACCUGAUGAUGUGGCUGUACCUCAAGUAGUGACGCCAACAAGACCAGGGCAUGUAGUCAUCAUAGUGCCAAGUGCGGAAAACAUCUCUCGACUUUACCACACUCCACAAAGCAGUACAAUCUCUUCUACUGCAUCUCAGGCACCAAGUAUACAACCUGUCAUUACCAGUACUGCCCUAUCUAAAACAGCUACGUCAGAUACAUCCAAUGUAGAUACAGCAUUACCAUCCACUUCAGUGGCAGUUGUGCCAAUGGUCUCAGUUCCACCACGACCACCUAACCCUACCAUGAGAACUAAUGUUGUAGAAACAGUAGAAAUAGCUGUAUCUGAUAAACCUCCCCCACCUCCUUCCACAUUACCGAAGCCCACUAUUUAUCCAAAACCACCAAUUCCCACACCGGUGACGGCUACUUCAGCAAUGGUACAACAGGUUUCCAUUACGAUUAGUGGCUCUAGUCCCGCAAAGGCUCCCCCACCAAUACCACCUAAGCCUGUAAUCAUUCCAGCUGGACUGGUUUUCAGCCACAAACCAGGAGAAAGUGUCAAACCACCUCCUGUUGCACCAAAAGCUGCAACAUUGCCUCGUACCAAAGAACCUCCAAAUGCCCUUUCACUUACCCUGACGAGACCUGUGGAGAGUAAGUCAGGGGCAACCUCUCCAAAGUCACCUUUAUCUCCAAGACAUGCCAAGUGUUUGAAAACAUAUGUAGUGAUAACUCUUCCAUCUGAGCCUGGCUCACCAACAGAAGUAAUAACAGUCCAGGCACCAAUAAGACGAGGCUCCAUCCCAACUACAAAAAGGCCAGGAAUACGAACAACGCCUUCGGAGCAGAAAUCACCCAGUGACACAUUUUUAGCUCAGGCCACAGUUCGGAGAGCUUCUGUCCCCACUGUGAGGCAUCCACCCCCAAUACCCAUAGCAUCAACUAUUCCAUUGGAACAAGUGACAGUGGUCUCUGAAGUGCAGGCUGGGUCUGAUCAGGAAAUACCAAUUCAGGCCUAUAGUGUACCAGACCCAAUAAAGAAGCCAUAUAUACCUGUGAUAAUGCAACAACAACAACCGGUCUGUCAGCCCUUGCCACCACCUACACUAAUGCAACAAAACACAACAAAGACUUCAGAAAUUAUAAGUGAAGUCACUGCAAGACCACAACCUGAAUCACCAGUCACUCAUACAAAAAUAGUCUCAGAGGGUGUGAAACUUUCACAAGAGACUUCAGCUGAAUCACAAAUACGAACACUGCCGACUCAGCCCCUGACACAUGUUGUUAUUCCGCUAGAGCCUGAAGUACCUUCCGAUAUAAAAAUUCCCAGAGAAAAUACAGUUAUCAUGUCCUCAACUGAAAUAGAAAAACAACCAGAAAUGGCAAGUGGAACCGUCCUCACUGAAGCAGCUCUAAGAUCAGUAAUAGCAAUGAGUCAGCAGCUUCCUCUUCAGCAGCAACCUAUGCGGCAUGAAACAAUGACUGACUCACUGAUGUCUACUAGUGAAUUCCAGUCAGUUCCACAAACCAUGCAGCGAAUACCUACACAGCAACCAUAUUCUGUAGUUGAGGUGAGGACAGUCGUAGCAAAGACAGAAUCCCAAAAUGAUUAUGUUGUUACAAUACCAGAUGUACAAAUAUUACCUCAGGUGUGUCAAGAGGUUGCCACAACUCCUGCACAUCUGACUCAGUUAACAAUGGAGAAGAUAGCUGCAACUGCUGAAGUGAUUCCCUCACCUGUUAUAAUGGAGACACAACAUAUAACACCACAACCAGAGGACCCUUCUUUUACUUAUAUGCCUCAUGUCUAUGGAAGUAUUUCAUCAUCAGUCAUGCCAUGUUCAACACCACCACUUGAAGUUAUUGCAUUGCAGCCGGAUUCGGCACAGAUUAUAACAAAGGAGGCUGUUGCGAGACAAGCACCGAUGUCAUCAGUGAUACAGCCUCAUGUAGUGGCUUCAAUGCCCUAUAAAGUUAUUCCAUCCGAACAACCUUCAAGAGAAAGGAGAACAUCUGUAUCAUCCAUUGGAAAUCAACCAUACAGCACAGGUGAAAUAUUUACCUUUCCUACAGAUUUUGAAAUGCCGGCCCAGGUUGUCAACACUGAGGGCAUUGCUGCUGCAAGAAGGCAGGCUUCAACCACGCAGCAACCAUUGGUAAUAAACAUACCAGCUGAAAAAGAUAUCCCUCUCAAUGUGUACGAAACCUGCAGAAAAGAUUCAUAUCCUUCAAUCGAACAACCACAGGUAUUAACGUAUUCAUCAGAAUAUGAUGACCCUCUGGAGAUAAUAACCACUGAGGCAUACACAAGGAGAACCUCAACACCUGCUGCCCAGGACAUUCCAUCUGGUGGACCUGUUGCUCCAAUCACCAUCACUAAAAUUCAACAAGAGUCAAUUGAGAGCCAAGAAAUUCGAGGACCAGAGAAGGUUGUCUCCAGUAUGAGUCGCAAGUAUUCUUCCUCAGUUUCUACCACCAGUCAGCCUGCUGAAAUCUUGCCAAGCUUAGUGACUCAAGUAGUAACCACUGAGGUCCAGAGGACUACUGUGUCUGUUGUCCAUGAAAGACUUCCACAGCAUACACCACCCAUAAAACCUGAUGAAAGUAAAUACCAAGCUCAACCUAAACAAAAUGGUAGAAUAAUCUAUCCUGGGGAUGUUAUGGAUCUACGGACCAUAAAAAUUGGUGCAAAGAUGACUGACCAAGGCAUGGACCUGACUCCAACUGAGUUAUAUAGACAGUCAUCCAAUGACAGUGUUCGUCAAAUUACGGCAGUACAACCUGAAAUCGUAAAUCUUAGCGCUGAGGUUAUUCCAGCGACAACACUGUCUGUAGUAACCGACAGCAUCACAAUAGUCACAUGCACAGCCACCAUUGCUUCAUAUUGCAACCCUCCAGCAGAGAAACCUCUAGACUUGCAAGGGCCUGUUACAUCAUUACCACUGCCCCUCACCACAUACAGACCAUUCGAACCACUGGCACAGAUUGUCUACAGACCUGUGAGCACCCUGCCUGCAGUUACCGUUGUAGCAUCCACAGCUCAAGACAUACCAAUUAAUCUUUCCUUUGGCUCACUAGCCAGGGGAGGGAGGCCAGUGACUUCUGCACCAACAGACAUCAACAGUGGGGACUCUGUCAUGUCUUUGGAGGCGACAGGGGCCAUGGAUCUGUCCAACUACAGACCAGUGAGAGCAAUGGUAGCUUUAUCUGGAACAAGUCCUGAAGUAAUAACCACAGUUGUCGAAGAUGAUGGGACACCAGUUGAUCUUACUGCUGGUAGAAGGAGUGUAUGCUGUGAUGUUAUCUACAAAUUGCCAUUUACUGGAAGCUGUAGAACACAACCCCCUGUCACAACUCAGCCUGACAACCGUUUGGACUACAAAGCUGAUCAGUAUGAUAGUGCUGGACGAUAUGGCAACAGAGAGAUCAAUGGUGAAAAAGCAUCAAUAUCUGAGGCCAGCCUCAGAGAGGCAGGGCUCUUUCCCUAUGAUCCUAAUAGGGAAUAUGACUACCUCAAUGGAUCUACAGAUGGCGCUAUUGACCUCACUGCCACAAAACUCCCUGCUGGUAAAGCUCUUGACUACACUAACAAAGCUACCACAGCCUUCCCUGGGAUGACUACUUCUUCAUCUUCCCAGGAUGUUCUUGCUGGUUUUGGUGUAAAUAGUGCUCUAAGAACUUCAGAUGGAAUGGUUUACUCCUCUGUUUCUGCCCCAGUUCCAUCAACAUACGCAAUUACCACCCAACCUGGCUCCAUCUUUAGCACUACCUUAGUGCCUACAUCAACAAUCCAGAAUCAGUCUGUGCCCCAACAAUAUAGUUUUAUACCUGCCACAGACCAAGGCCAAAUUAUUCCUUAUGACACAGUGCUCCCAAAGGAACUUCUACCCACUGCAUUGGCUGAUAUCAUAACAGGCUUUCCCGAAAUGUAUUCAGAUACCACCCUGGAAGCACUGGCUGCUUCUCUGGAUGCGUUAGCUUUAUCUCCAAUAUUUCCUGGUUUAGACAGCACUAAGAUGGCUCAGUACCAGAUGGAGAGGGAGUUUCUAGAGCUGGAGAAGCUUAAACAGCUCUGUCUUGCAGAGGAGUUAGAGUGGGAGAGACAAGAGAUCCAGCGUUAUCGUGAACAAGAGCAGCUAAUGUUGCAACAGGAGCUUGAGGAGCUUCAGGCUUUGAAACAACAGCUUCUCCUGCAGCAAGAGGAAGAACACCAUGCUCAUAUGAUAGCCCAGCAGGAAACUUAUGCCCAACAAAAAGAACAACUGCAGCAAAUCCAGCAACUCCAGCUUCAACUCCAGCGGCAGUUAGAUGAGCACUAUGGUAACACAGGUACUACAACAAACCUCCUUGAGGCCAAGUAUGCUGGAGUUGGAGACAGUGGACAGUAUUGGCCUGUCAAAGAUGAGUCUACAGGUCCAUCGACUGGAACACAGGAAAGUCAGGACCAGCAUACUGUAGAAAAAAAUAUUCAAGAUGAUCAGGACACAGGUAAAAAGAUAAUUGACAGUGGAGUGCAGACUGAUGAUGAAGACUCAACAGAGAAGCAGCACAUCGGAAGAAGGAAGAAAAACAAGAGAAACACUGAUAGCUCGGCCCAGACUGACGAUGAAGACCAAGAUGAAUGGGAUGCUCCAACAAAGGCCCGACGGCGCUCUCGCAAGCACAGCAGUGAAGGAAAACAUAGCUCUAAGGUCUCUAGCAUUGCUAUCCAGACAGUCGCUGAAAUAUCCGUUCAGACCGAUCAUUCUGGAACCAUCAAACGACCCAACGUCCAGAUGGACACCAAGGUUGAAAUAAUCAAACACAUCUCAGCUCCUGAAAACUCUCAGCGAGGUGGUAGUCUGAGCUGUCAGACAGAUUCAGAUAGAAGACACACAGCCAAUGAAAUGGGUUACGGCACACACUUAACAAUUGAUGCACCAGCUAGAUCUAGAGGUUUCUAUACCUCAGUAUCCCCCCUGUCCCCUGAUAAAUCACUUGGAGGACAGAGAAUGCUGACUGCGGACCCAACCAGAUUUUCUUCCGGCCCUCGGUUGAAGCCUGGUCAGAAGUUUCUAUCUGAGCCUAAAUCACUGAGUCCUACCACAGAAGACAGGAUGAGUGGAUACUAUGCAGAAAGUUAUUCCGGGCGAGGCUCUCCCUCUGGCACAGGUAAGAAGGUCAAGCGGACACUUCCAGACCCACCUCCCGAGGAUGACUCGCUGAUGGGACGGUCAGGCUACAGCACCAACUCUGCUCGUCGCCGUCUUGCCCGCAGUACCACAAUGGCUCGGGCGAAAAUCCUACAGGAUAUUGACAAAGAGCUUGAUCUGGUGGAGCGGGAAUCUUCAAAACUGCGCAAGAAACAGGCUGAACUCGAUGAAGAGGAAAAGGAAAUUGAUGCCAAACUACGGUACCUGGAAAUGGGUAUCAAUCGACGAAAGGAGGCCUUGCUUAAAGAACGAGAGAAGAGGGAAAGGGCCUAUCUCCAGGGGGUGGCAGAGGAAAGAGAUUACAUGUCAGACAGUGAGGUUAGCAACAUUAGAGAUGACAGGAGUGAUGGCCUGGAGAGGCCACGGACAGCUCCCCAGUCUGAGUUUGAUCAGUUCAUUCCCCCACAAACAGAAGCCGAUUCCCAGUAUAACACGCUAACAAGCCCCUACUCUCAUUACGGCCAGUAUGUUCCCCAGACUCAAACCACUAGCCAUUAUAGUCAACAUAAUCUAUAUGAGCAGCAGUCAGUUUACCACCAACAGGUGUCACCUUACUCAACCUUAUCCAUUUCCCAUGGUCAGGAUCAGCCUAGCAGCUACCAACAUGCUCUGCUCUUACAAGGAAAGCAGCGUCAAACCAACCUGUCCGAUUUAGAACCUAAGAUCUCGACUAACUAUGAAGUCAUACGUAACCAGCCUCUAAUCAUUGUGCCGACUUCCUCUGAAAGUGGCUAUGGUGUGGCUCAUCUUGGAGGCAAGUAUGGCAGCUUGGACUUAAGGCUAGGGCUAGAGGAAAGGAGCAUGGCCUCUAGUCCCAUGUCAAGCAUAUCUGCAGAUUCCUUCUAUGCUGAUAUUGACCAACACAAUGCUAGAAACUAUGUGCUGAUCGAGGACAUUGGGGAACUCACCAAAGCCUCCACAGGAUUGGGUACCACUGGCUUGGGUUCUGGUUUUACCCUGCCUGAUAAGGAGUUGUCUAAGGCUGACAGACUACUUAGGGCAGCAGAAGUGAGACGCACAGAGGUAGCAGAUUUUUUAGGGCCCUCCCAACUUCAAGGUUAUGGUAAAGGAGAAGAUGACACUAUGGAGGAACCUUAUGAGUUAAAGCUGCUGAAGCAGCAGAUCAAGCAGGAGUUCAGGCGAGGAACUGAGGGACUAGAGCAUUUACCAGGAUUGGGACUUCCUCAGUAUCUCCCCAGUGAUAGUAGCUUUCGCCACUUCCCAAAAGGUGAAAAGUACAGCAUUGGAAGGCUCACUCUGGAAAAACAGGCUGCAAAACAACUCCCGGCUGCUGUGCUUUACCAGAAACAGAUGAAGAACAAAAAGGCUUUAAUUGACCCAAAAGCCAUCACUAAAUUCUCCCCCAUUCAGGAGAGUCGAGAUUUGGAACCAGACUUUGGUAGCUACAUGGGAUCGGGAGCUUCUUCUGUGACCAAUCUGGCUGCUAGGGCAAGGUUGCUUCAGGAUGAGAUUACAUUUGGACUAAGGAAGAACUUAUCAGAGCAGCAGAAAUACUUGGGCUCCUCACUGGGGACAAAUCUUGCUGGUUCUCUUGGACAGUCCCUUGGACUCGGGUCCACUAUUAGGGCCACUGUCCAGGAUGAUGGCACUUACCCAAGCGGCAGCCGCUCCAGACCAUCAUCUCGUCCAUCUUCCCGGCCCUCGUCUGUCUAUGGCUUGGAUCUAUCAAUCAAACGGGAUCUUUCCAGCUCCUCACUGAGACUUAAAACAGAAGGGGAUGUUUUAGAUGCAGCAUUUGCGCCUGGUGUGACCAGAGCAAAGCCCACCAGUUUGCCUAUCAGCCAAAGUCGGGGCCGCAUACCCAUUGUGGCUCAAAACUCAGAGGAGGAGAGCCCUCUGAGCCCUGUGGGGCAGCCUAUGGGUAUGGCUAGGGCUUCAGCUGGACCUCUCCCUCCAAUUGCUGCCGACUCCAGGGACCAAUUUGGAUCUAGCCAUUCUCUGCCGGAGGUUCAGCAACAUAUGAGGGAAGAAUCUCGGACUUGCGGCUACGAUCGAGAUAUCGCAUUCAUCAUGGAUGACUUACAAGGUGCCAUGUCGGACAGUGAAGGACUCAGUGAGUCCAUGCUGGUGUUGAACAGAGACGAAGCCAGAAUCUUUCAUGAAAGUAUCAGACACGCUGGAGGCCCAAACUGGAAUAUAGAAGCCUACCACCUGAGAAGAGAGGACACAGACUGGUUUGAUAAACCAAGAGAAGGACACCCUCAAGCCAAACACAUGGACAGGAGACAGAUAAAACUGGUCCCUUAUGUCUUCCCUCACACUCGUGUUAAGCUUACGAGAGACCAGAGGGACUCCAGUGUGUCAGGGAAUGGACUUGGAAUACGAGUGGUUGGCGGCAAGGAGAUUCCAGGGAGCCGUGGAGAGAUUGGAGCCUACAUUGCCAGAGUUAUCCCUGGUGGAGUUGCAGAGCAAACGGGAAAAGUCACAGAGGGCAUGCAGGUGUUAGAGUGGAACGGCAUCCCGUUGACGGGAAAGACCUAUGAAGAAGUGCAAGGCAUCAUGGGCCAGGCGUGCGCAGAGGCGGAGCUCUGUGUGAGACUCGACCUUAAUAUGCUGUCUGACCCCGAGCACCCACAAGUCCUGGAGCACCAUGUCCAGCUUAAAGCUGUAGGUGGGCAGCGUUCUCCUGGUGUGGAUCCUAAGCAGCUGGCUGCAGAGCUACAGAAGGUGUCCCAGCAGCAAGCUCCAGGCAUGUUGGGCACAGGAGUUGGACCUGGAGGGUUGGGAGUGUUGUCGGCAUUGGAGCGGUCAGCUCUACUCCACUCAGGCACCGGAUCUGCAGCUUCCAGUGGUGUGCCGAGCCCCGGCCAGCCUGCAUCCCCUGCCAUAAACAAGAAACGACACAAGCCAACAGAGGCAAUGAAGAUAUCACAUCCCAUUACUGGAGAAAUUCAGUUGCAGAUCAACUAUGACAGAAACGUGGGAAACCUGAUUGUGCAUGUGCUCCAGGCCCGAAACUUAGCCCCGAGGGACAAUGACGGCUACUCUGACCCUUUUGUCAAGGUCUACCUGCUACCGGGGAGAGGACAAGUCAUGGUUGUCCAGAAUGCAAGUGUUGACAACAAGAGGAGGACCAAGUAUGCACAGAAGACCAUGAAUCCAGAAUGGAACCAGACGGUCAUCUACAAGAACAUUCAUCUGGAACAGCUGAAGAAAAAGACUUUGGAGGUGACUGUGUGGGACUACGACAGAUCGUCAUCCAAUGACUUCCUAGGAGAAGUGUUGAUUGACUUGUCAAACACAGCCCAGUUAGAUAACACCCCUCGCUGGCUGCCACUUAAGGAACAAAGUGAGAGCAUUGAGCACAGCAGAGCCCACCACGGAGCUCAGGGACCACCUGCGUCUGGAUUCGGUCAGGGGCACGGUCAUGGACACGCUCCAGGCCAGGGCCAUCUAUCAGGGAUGGGGCCUGGGCAUGGUAUGGGACAGGGGCAAGGACCAGAACAGGGAGAAAGGAGUUAUGAUUCACCUAAAAACUCUGUAAUCAAGAGCAGAAGCCAUGGAAUCUUCCCCGAUCCCUCCAAAGAUUGUCAGAUGUUGCCUCUGGAAAAGUCCCACAGCAGCCCGGGUAGCUCCAAGUCUUCCUCUGAUGGCCAGCUACGCUCCCAUGGGCCGUCUCGAAGCCAAAGCAAGAGCAGUGUCACUCAGGCCCACCUGGAGGAUGCUGGGAUAGCCAUUGCUGCUGCCGAGGCUGCCGUGCAACAAUCCCGCCUGCAACCAAGACCAGGACACAGGCUAGGUGAUGUCUCAGGGUCAGUGGUCCUCUCGGCCCCCAGCCUGGUGGGGGACGCCUAUGGAGGAUUAGAUGCGGGUGAAGGGGGGGGAACUGGAGUGGACAGCGCAAUUUUUCAAGUGCCACGGAUUGGUACUAUUCCCAAUGGAACUGACAAAAACCACCUGGGGACUCCAGAGAAUGAAGGUAAAACCCAAGUGAUGGGAGAGAUCAAAGUUGCUCUAAAGAAGGAGGUGAAGACAGAUGGUGACCAGUUGGUCCUGGAGAUUCUUCAGUGCAGGAACAUUACUUACAAGUUCAAAAGCCCAGACCACCUGCCAGACCUGUAUGUGAAGUUGUACGUGGUCAAUGUGGCGACUCAGAAAAGGAUCAUCAAGAAGAAAACCAGAGUUUGUCGUCAUGACAGGGAGCCUUCUUUUAACGAGACCUUCCGAUUUCCUCUCAACCCCACGGGACACUCCAUACAGCUUUUUCUAGUGUCCAACGGAGGGAAAUUUGUGAAAAAGACUCUCAUCGGGGAAGCUUACAUCUGGCUAGACAAGGUGGACAUGAGGAAGAGGGUGGUGAGCUGGCACAAGCUGCUCGUUAGCUCCACUCCAACCAACCUCUAAAGCAGAUGGAGUAGAGGUGUGCUGCUUGCAAAUGUCCAAUUUAAAAAAAACGACUUAUUUUAAUUCACAGCCAUCCACUUUUACAUCCACGAGGGGUUGCUUCCUAUGUUACAUGAUAACUGCCAGGGCACGUGUGCUGCCCCCUGCCGGUGGACGACAUCAAUCGCCUCUUUCACGAAGAGACCCUGCAAAAUAGCGCAUCAGAGCUGUAACAGAUCAGGCAUUUAUCCGCCUUUCCCUUUCACACAGAACCCCGUAUCCUGUAACUGUGUGUGUUUUCACAUAGCUUGGAUGCAUACAGAUACAUAAAAAAUAGCAGAAAUUGUCAGUUUUAACAACAGCAAUAUAUUUAAUUCAUUUAUCAUCAUUUAAUAAGUUGUUGCUGUUUACAUCUUGCAUUUAUUUAUACAUUCUAAAAUGGUUCAGUCAGUUUUUUUACUCCGUUAUUUAUUCAUUUAUUGUCAUUCUUUACUUUACUUUUUUGUCAUGUUUUUUUAAAAUAAUUUUUUAUCCCUUCUUUUCUCAUAACUGCAUCAUAUAUCUAUCCAGUGCUUCACAUUCUUCCAGUCUUUUCUGUGGAUAUGACAAAACCGUGGCAUUUUAAAACAGGAUGUGAAGAAACAAGAGAAGGGGUAAGAUUCAAUAAGCUCCGCUUCUUCCUACUCCUUUUUGGACAUGUUGAAUUGUAAAAACACCAUAAUCCAACAUGUUAGGCAUAAGCAAUACACAUGAAACCAUCACCACGCGGAAUACCCUUUUACACAGACAUGGUCCCUCCUCUGUUACGGCUCUGAUACUACCUCUGUAAAAUUUGUGGUGCAUUCAUCUUAUUUUUGACAUGAUGUAAGAAUGUUUUAUUAGGGAACGAAAGACUUGCAAGUUUGGUAUAAAAAAAAAAAAAGUUGGUCAGAAAAUUAUCACAGAUUACAGAGAAUUAAAAAAUAUGUUGAUAUCAGAUACAGUGUUCUGUUUUGGGUAUCUACAGUAUAUAUAUAUAUAUAUAUACACAUUACAGUAUAUAGAAAUAGAGAGAGAGAGAUAUGAUCUCUGGCCUGUAGGUGGCGUCCUGACAAUCUGCUACAGAUUUCGUUGCUAUUUAUGGAGAUGCACCACAAAGUAGGACAUCAUGCAGUAACACGUUAUACAGGAAGCACUGUAGGGUUAAAUACAGCAGUGCUGAGUGGAAUGUUACAAACAUUAGACAUGGGCUAGUGUUUAUGUGUUUACUUAUUGUACUUGCUGACAGCCUAUCAACACUCUUCUACUACACACAAAGUGUAUUUGUGAAGCCCGGCCCUCCUCUCCUGCUGUGUGUGCUGUCGAAUUCACUGUGCUGUUGUGUGUCUGUGUGUGACUCCCGGUGCAACACGGUGAACCAGCCUUUUUCACUGCCUGUCACCAAAACACUCCCUCAGUCCCCCCACCCCCCCACCCCACCCCACUCCACUCAAAAUCACAAAAAGGACACACGGGGUCAAAAGGCGGCACUUGGACAGUGCAGGCGCCCCCUUGAAAUAGUCAUUAUCAUAUGUUCAAGGAAAAAGACAAUUAACGAAAGCAACUAACGGCAUAUUUAAGCAUUUCACAUUUUGAUGCAUUUUUAAAAAUGCAUAAAAGAUGUCACUUUAACAGCAAAAAAGACACACAAAAGGAAAAUUAUUACAAUAACUAAAGCAAAGAAUACAGAUUUUUCCGAAAUGUGUUUUAUCGUGCCAUUUUUUUUCUCUCAAGACCCAUCGAUUCUUUUGGGGUACUUCUAUGCAACAUGUUUAUUUGUGGGUUUGUUUAGGAAUUAAAUGUACUCAAUGUUAUAUCCGUUUAAGCAUAAGGUCUAUUAAAGUAUUUAAUUUUCUAACUGAUUUAAUAUAUAUUGAUGAUGCUAACAAGUGUUAACAUCCAUAUGGAGCUUGUGCACUUUAUCAUAUUGUUUAUUUUCUCAUUUGUCAUGCGAGGUCAAGUGUUUUUCUGCACUGGAAUGAAACUAAAACGUGUUAAGAAGUUGAUGUUGUGUGCAAUUUGUUGAUGUCUAUGUAGCAAAUUUUAAAGAAAAAAAAAAAAUAAACAUGAGGAGUACCAAAAGGCAAUGCACAAUUUAGGAUGAAUUACUUGACAACAUACAAUAAAAGACUAAUUCCAACAAAUGCAAAUGCUCGCUAAUGACUGUUUUCCCCAUUAGACUGCCCUCCAACACACUGUUUGUCCUGUUGCCUCUUAAUUGUGCAAUCAUCCAUUUGUUGUUGUCCCGCAGGGUGCGAAUGUGACUGACGUAAUUUGACAUUGUACAUAAAGUGUUUAUUUUCUACAGAGUGAAUGUUUAUUUUGUCCAAAUGUGAGCAUGCAUGAGUGUUGGGGGAGUGGAGAAUUUAAAAAAAAGGCAUAUAAAUGUACAGUAACACGUGUCUAUAAGCGAGAAGACAAAAAAAAAUCCACUUCAAAUGUUGUCUGGGAUGUUAUGUUUUGGAUGUUGCAUGUUAUUUUGUCUCAGAGAUUAUUAUUUGAAAAGAGAGAGAAUAUGUAUAGAUUUAUCUGUAUGCUGACUGUAAAAAAAAUGCUUGUACAAUUGUCUUGUUUUUCACGCCGUGUAAAAAAACCCAUAAAAAAUCUAAUGUAAUGGUUUUGUGGUUGUACACAGGAUGUGUUGAGAUAUUAUGCAAAUUGUGCUGUAAAAAUAUCCCUGCCCCCCAUGAGUCAAAAGAAUAAAUAUUAAGAAGAGGCUAUAUUAAAAAUGUA